CUUGGUCUCUAUGAGGCUUCAAUGAGAGGUUUCUUUUACUUUAACAUCCUCUCAGUUCUAUAAAGCUGCCAAGAACUAGUUUUGGUUAAAUCAACUUUCCCUCUUUGUUUUAUGUGCUUAGCACUGCUCUAGCUUAGCUGUUGAGUGGUAGAUAGGUUGAGUUCUUGGAAUUUGGGUGUUUUUUUUUUGUUUGGAAUCUAAGCAUGGCUAGUGGUGGUAAUGAUGAUGUGGGAUCUAAACACCACAACAUUAUGAAUUGUUCAUCUUCAGAGAUGAACCCUUUGUGUGACAAAGUUGAUGGAAUGCCAAAGAGUAUUUCAAUAUCCAUGUAUAACAAGCCUUUGAAUUCAUCGGAUCCUUUCCUUGGCUCUGGUUGGGAUCCCAUUGUUUCAUUGAGUCAGAGUGAAAGCCUUGUAGGUUCUUCAAUGGUUUCUCAUGGUGAAUUUGCCAAUUUUCAUUACCCUCAUCUGAUGGAGAAUCAGGGAAUUUGUGGGACUUCCCAUUUUUCCCAGUAUCAAUCGAACCCGAGCUUUGUUGAGCUGGUGCCAAAGCUCCCAGGAUUUGGUAGUGGAAAUUUUUCGGAAAUGGUUGGUUCGAUGAGUCUGCCACAAAGUGACCAAGUCGCCAACAUCCGGGGUUGCCCAAGUUAUACUCUGAAUCAUGAGGGUGGCGUUGAAAGGGCUUCGACAAAUAGUACGCAAUCUCGUGAGGAUCGCCAAAUUUCAGAUGGAGUUGUAGGUGCAGCCUCCAAUGGAAAGUGUCGAAAACGAGUGCCUGAAUCAAGCCACAAUGCUGAUGGGGAGCCACAAAAGGAUCCUUCGAGAGAGAGCUGUGAUGUUCCAAAGCGACAGCAUGCGAUGAAACAGAAAACCGAACAAGAUACGGGUGCAAAUUCUCUUGGCAAGCAAGUUACAAAACAAGCUAAAGACGGUUCUCAAAUUGGGGAAAAAGCUAAAGAGAAUUACAUCCAUGUAAGAGCUAGAAGGGGCCAGGCUACUAACAAUCACAGCCUGGCAGAAAGGGUAAAUUGCCGUGAGAAGGGAAAAAUAAGUGAGAGAAUGAGAUUGCUUCAAGAACUUGUUCCAGGAUGCAAUAAGAUUACUGGGAAAGCUGUAAUGCUUGAUGAGAUUAUCAACUAUGUCCAGUUGCUGCAACGGCAGGUUGAGUUCUUGUCGAUGAAACUGGCCACUGUCAACCUCGAGUUAAACAUAGAUUUGGAGAGAUUUCUAUCCAAAGAUAUUCUUUAUUCGCGAGGCGGAAGUGCUGCAGUUCUCGGAAUUGGUCCUGCGAUAAACUCGUCAUGCCCUUUCUCCUCCGGUAUCUUCCCGGGAACAGUUCCAGGCAUCCUGAGUACAAAUCCGGAAUUCCCUCCCUUGCCUCAGACUGUACUAGACAACGAGCUUCAAAAUCUUAUUCAAAUGGGGUUUCGACUUGAGUUCAGGCAUGGAUAGUUUGGACCAAAUGGUGGGUUAAAAUCUGGGCUUUGAAGUUGGAAUAAAAAUGCUUAGUUCCUGCUAACCAAGUUGAGUGGACAAAAAGGAAAAACAAAGUACUAUUGAGAGGUGCAUAGAUGGUUUAGGGUUUCUAACUUAUUUUCCUAAUUUUUUAGACAAGGGAAUGAUAUGUAUUGUAUAUUCAGGACCAAAGAAAGCCAGAUUUGGUUUUGUUAAUUGUGGUGUUGUGUAGGAUCUUUGAUGGACUGGGAA